UGCAACGUCAUCAAGCCCGCGCUGCGACACCGAGCCCGCCCUGCAUCGCCAUCGAGCCCGCUCGGCAGCGCAACGUCCAUCCUGCGGCAUCGCCAGCAUCCAGCAGGCCAUGCCGCCUGAGAAAAAGCCUCGGGCCAAAGUUGCUCCAGCCCUUGCCUUCUACCUCGACCACGCCGGCCAGAAGCGAUCCCACAAGAACGGCGAUAUUCGUGCGGCAUUCGGCAGCCUCUCGAGACCGUCGCACUCCAGCUGUCCGGCAUCCCCGCGCCCAGUAUCGCUAUCUCCAUCGAGAGCAUCGCCCAAGGCCACACCGCCCUCGGUCCAACGCAAGUCUCCGUCCAUCUCGAUCGACCUCUCGGACACGGCCAGCGAUGCCUCGCCCAGCGACGCCGAUGCUCUUUGGGACCCUCGUCCUCCUUCCCGCAAGCGUCCCAUUGAUCUGAAGAGCGGCUUUGAUACCUAUUCCCCGACUCGCCAGCCCGAUCGCACUUCGAGAGCACCAGCGCAGGCCGUGUUCGACCUCGAUGUGGAGCAGGAGCCGACGUCGUCCAAGCACCGCAGAAGCGUUUCCCUGUCGCUGGAGGACAUGUCUGAUCCACCUCAAGAGACCAAGCUUCGCAGUGCCCGGAGCGGGAGGCCGACAGCCAAGACCGAUGCGGAUGCAACCCCGUCUUUCAAGCGGCUCAGGGGUGAAUCCAAGUCAGUGCCGCCGGCUGAGACCGUCCGCUCUCCAUACGCAACCCCGCCCUGGGACCAUCCGGACUACCACGAAUUCGUUCGGAUGUGGACGGCAUACUACCGGUAUCCGUACGAGAAGUCGCUGGCCUCGAUAUCUGCUCCGCCCUCGGAUCCAGACCUAGUCCCUGCCGGGCCUGAAUCACACGGGCUCUCGCAUGAUCUAGAGCCAGAGCCAGAGCCAGAGCCAAAGCCAAAGCCAGAACCUCCGAAGCGCAAGACGUACCUUGCCAACCGAGAUGUCGUCGGCGUCAGGGGACUGUUUCCAAAGCAGACGCAGCCCACCCGACUCUAUCCCGGCAAGCAUCGCCAGGAGGCAGGCCAUCUCGACGAGGCAGAGCGUUCCAAACCUGCUGCGAUUCGCAGCCCUUCAGCUUCGACAUCCAGGAUCCGGCGCUCGGCCACAUCCUCCGGUGGCAGGUCGCCGUACUUCAUAGGCUCGACGGUACGGACCAAGUUGUCGCGGCCUUCGCCUGCCGAUACCUGGAGCUACGAGCUCUCCGGCGAUGACUCUGGAUAGGCGCCUCAUCUCCACUCGCGGUAAACCCGAAUGCAUCAGGAAAGACUCAAAGCACAUGAUGCCAACAGCAAUGUGCUGGAAACAAGUCUCUCGUCCCCAUCGUCCAACCGGUGACGCUACAAACAUCCCUCGACAGAGAUACAUUAUCGGCAACCUAUGCAGUCUCGCCGGAUGC